AUGGAGGAUUGGAAUAAGAAACUUACUACAGCUGCUGGGAAGGGAGAUAUAGAAGCCUUAAUAUUAAGCCUACAGAAUGGUGCAGACAUUGAUUAUCAACUUGUUGAUGGAGACACAGCAUUAAUGUGGGCUGUCAAGUGGGGACGACUGGAGGUCUGUCGACUCCUCAUUGAUACAGGAUGUAAGAUCGACAUCACAGGGGAGGAUGGAGAGACAGCAUUAAUGUUGGCUGCCAGGAGAGGACACCUGGAGAUCUGUAGUCUCCUCAUUGAUAGAGGAUGUAAGAUCGACAUCACAAAUAAAAAUGGAGAAACAGCUUUACAUCAUGCUGCGGAGUGGGGAUAUCUACAGAUCACAAGAUGUCUUGUAGAACAAGGAGGUGCAAGUCCCUUGGUUAAAUCAUAUAAGAUGCAAACAAAGACUUGA